UUUUUUUUUAAAGACAAUCAUCAAAUAGUAAAGUGGUAAAAUUGAGCACUCUAAUUUAUGACCACCAAUCAGUAGAUGGUUUUGUGACCAAUAAAGAAAAGAAAAAGGAAAAAGAAAAGGGAAGAACAUAAUUGUGCUUUUUAAAUGCUUAAAUAGCUUUCCUAAAUAUUUGCUAUGAAAUGCUAUCUUAGCCAAUACUUAUAUUAAGAAUCUGGUUGUGGUUUUUGUGACGACCCUCACCCUAUCUAGACAUAAUAUUGUCUGUGUCUUUUGGCUCCCCGAGACUAGAGACUUCUCAAGGGGUCACCCAUCUUGGUACUAUUCUAGGUUACGCAUUGUGUCAUAAAAAGAUGUUGAAUCUACAUAUAACACUUGUCCUAUCCACACCCAGCCGAUGUGGGAUUGUGCACUUGUAGCUCGUCCAGUGUGAUAGCCUACUGGUGCCACCUGCACACGCUCACACACAUCCACCCCACAAGGUCGUCACAAUCACCCCCUCUUUGGGGCCCAACGUCCACGUUGGCCACAUUUCCGGUUGAGUCAGGCUCUGAUACCAUUUGUAACGACCCUCACCCUAUCCAGACACAAUAUUAUCCGCUUUUGGCUCCCCGAGACCAGAGACUUUUCAGGGGGUCACCCAUCCAGGUAAUUCUCCAGGUUAAGCACGCUUAACUUCGGAAUUCUAGUGGGUUCACGGUCAUCACGGCUUUAAAACGCGUUGUAUCAUAAAGGGUGUUUAAUCUACAUAUAGUACUUGCCCCAUCCAUACUCAGGCGAUUUGGGAUUGUACACCUAUAACUCGCUAAGUGUAGUAGCUUACUGGUGCCACCUGCAUAGGCUCACACACACCCAUCCACAAGGUCGCCAUAGUUUUCCAUAUCUUCUUGAAGAUUAAUCACAUGAUAUGAAUUAAUGCUUUGUCAUCAAGUGUAGUUGAACAACUACUUUAAUCAUAUACUUAAUGAGAGCACCCUGAUGAUAGACUUGUCUCUUAAUAAAUUUGUAAGGGUUAAGUGCAGAAAAACUUCCUAUACACAAUGAGUCCCUCCUUUUUGAAAAUAUGCAUUUCAGUCCACAAUAUUAAAAAAAUGUGUAAAUAAGCCCAUCUGACAACUUUUUGGCAAAAAGUAAAUAUGAAAACCCGAUUUUACCCUUUUUAUUCCUAUUUUGCCCCUCACAAAAUGUGCAUAUAUUUUUUGGUUAAAAUCACAAAACCCUCCCCUCUGCUUUCAAAUUCGUGCAUAAAACCCCUAAUAAAAUUGAAUUUGUUUUCAAAAUUACAUUGAUACCCAUAAUGCCCUUUAGUUAAAAGGAAAAGACCCUAUUACCCUUAUAGUGUCAUCAAAUUAAUAUAUAUAUAUAUAUAUAUAUAUAUAUAUAUAUAUAGUAUCAUCAAAUUAAAAUACAUAUAUUAAGAGACAAAAUUACCCUUUUCUAUCUCCGUUUCUUUCUCUCUCACCACCACCACCACCACCACCACCACCACCACCACCACCACCGCAAUAUCCAAACCCAGGAAAGAGGAACACAAAGGUUUUUUUUUUUUUUUUUUUUAAAAAAAAGACAAUCAUCAACUAGUAAAGUGGUAAAAUUGAGCACUCCAAUUUAUGACCACCAAUCAGUAGAUGAUUUUGUGACCCAUAAAGAAAAGAAAAAAGGAAAAAGAAAAGGGAAUAACAUAAUUGUGCUUUUUAAAUGCUUAAAUAGCUUUCCUAAAUAUUUUAUAUGAAAUGCUGUCUUAGCCAAUGCUUAUAUUAAGAAUCUGGUUAUGGUUUUCCACAUCUUCUUAAAGAUUGAUCACAUGAUAUGAAUUAAUGCUUUGUCAUCAAGUGUAGUUUAGCAACUAUUUUAAUCAUAUACUUCAUGAGAGCACCCUGAUGAUAGACUUGGCUCUUUAAUAAAUUUGUAACCAUCUACAAACAGUAAAAAUUGAACCCUUGACCCAGUCCACACCCUCAUCUUCCUUAUAGCCGCGCUCGCUUCCCUCGUUUAAAUUUUGACUACCAUACUCUUCUUUUAUUAUGUUUUAGGUACUUCCAAAAUAUUAAUUCUAUGGAUAUAUAUAUGCUAUAUGAUCUUUUUUAAACAAGGGUGCAUAAUUCCCAAAAAAUCAACAAUAAGAUUAUAUAUUUAGCCUGCAUUGUACACAUAUAAAUCAACAUAUCUAUAUGUAUAUAUUUUAUUUAGUAACAAAAUCUGUUACUAUAACGAUGUGGGUUGGACGGGGACAAUCUUAUUCUAAUAAGCUGAUAGUUGCAUUUCCCCAUCCUUCGAAUGAAAUUGAUUGUGCUAGCAUGGAAUGAUUAAACAAACAUAGAUGAUGAAAAUGAUUCGAGUUGAAUGUAUAUUAUGUUUACUAAUUACUAUUGCUGUGUUAUUCAUUUGAUGAUAUUAUGUUUAUAGGUAAUUUAGAUGUCUGACCUUGAAAAGGUAUAUUAUUACUCUAUAUUAGAGUAAUAAUUGUAUAUUAUUAUAUUUAUUGGUAAAAAUUGACUUUAUAUUUUUAAUCUAUUUAUUGAAGAAAUCCCAUAGUCUUAUUAGCCGGUAUCCAUUAGACCACAGUUUUUUAGUUACCAAGCAAUGGUUGCUUAGAAAAGUGGAUGGGAAACAUACAAAUGUGAAAGGUUGGAUCCCACAAUCAAAGGCAGAUUCCACAAAAGCUGGAAUCCAUCACAGGUAACCAUUUUUUCAUAUUUUGGUGAGUUUAAAGUUGAUGAUACUUCUGAUAUCAACUUGUUCUGAUUUUGAUUAAUUCAUCAUUUCCUUCACUCUCUGGUCUAAGUCUACUCUAUAUAUUACAAAUUAUGGUUUCUGUGAUUUUAUUUCCCACAAGAACCAGCAGUUGAUAAUUCAAAGUGGCACUCAAGCUCCAUGUUUCAAAUGAUUGCAGUACACCAACGUAGUGAUAGCAAACAGCAUUUGGAAAGAUGGCUGAGGAGAGCAAUUUGAGUGGAGAUAAGAAGACAGAACAGGCUGAAACAUCAAAAAACCAUUCACCAGUGAUGGAGACUCAGAAAACAGCUGAAAAGUCUUGCAGCCAAGAUAAUUCGGAUAAUACCCGAAAGAAAAAUGAAGUCACUGAAACUGUUCCAUAUUUCAAACUGUUCUCCUUUGCUGACUCCACUGAUCAUGUACUAAUGCUUGUGGGCACAAUCGCAGCUAUAGGGAAUGGAAUCUGCAUGCCCCUUAUGACUGUGCUCAUUGGAGAUGUAAUCAAUUCCUUUGGACAGAAUGUGAACUCAAAAAAUGUGGUUCAUGAAGUUUCCAAGGUAUCUGUUAAGUAUGUUUACUUGGCUCUGGGGUCUGGUUUAGCAGCAUUUUUCCAGGUGGUUUGCUGGAUGGUCACUGGGGAGAGGCAGGCUGCAAGAAUUAGAUGUUUAUACUUAAAAACUAUAUUGAAGCAAGAUAUUGCAUUCUUUGACUCGGAGGGUAAAACCGGAGAAAUUAUUGAUAGGAUGUCAGGAGACACCUUCCUUAUUCAAGAUGCCAUUGGUGAAAAGGUUGGGAAGUUUCUAGUGGUGGUCGCUUCAUUCUUGGGAGGCUUUGUUAUAGCUUUCAUCAAGGGUUGGCUUCUCACCCUUGUCAUGAUAUCUUCAAUUCCACUUCUUGUCAUCUCUAGUGCUAUCCUGACCCUCCUUUUAGUGAAGCUUAAAUCCAGUGGACAAGUUGGUUAUUCACAAGCUGCAAUUGUGGUCGAACAGACAAUUAGCUCAAUAAGAACGGUUGCAUCAUUUACUGGGGAGAGGCAAGCUAUAGCUAAUUACAAUAAGUCUCUUAUUAAAGCUUACAAAUCUGGUGUGCAAGAGGGCUUGGCUUCCGGGUUGAGUGGUGGUGUAUUUAUGUUUGUCAUAUACAGCUCUUAUGCUUUGGCUAUAUGGUUUGGGUCGAAAAUGAUAAUAAACAAAGAUUAUACAGGAGGAGAUGUACUCAAUGUAGUUAUGGCCGUGCUGACUGGCUCCUUUUCUUUAGGACAGGCAUCUCCAUGCAUGAGUGCAUUUGCUGCUGGACGAGCUGCAGCUUUUAAAAUGUUUGAGACAAUCAACAGGAAGUCAGAGAUAGAUCCUUAUGACACGAAUGGACUGAAAUUGGAUGAUAUUGGUGGCAAUAUUGAAUUAAAAGAUGUUUAUUUUAGCUAUCCAACAAGACCAGAUGAGCCAAUAUUUAAUGGAUUUUGCCUCUCGAUGCCAAGUGGAACAACUGCAGCUUUGGUUGGACAAAGUGGAAGCGGGAAAUCAACAGUAAUCAGCUUGAUAGAGAGGUUUUACGAUCCACAAGCUGGUGUAGUUCUUAUAGAUGGUAUCAAUCUUAAAGAGUUCCAGCUUUGGUGGAUAAGAGGAAAAAUUGGUCUAGUUAGCCAGGAACCUGUGUUGUUCACUUCAAGCAUUAAAGAUAAUAUUUCAUAUGGGAAGGACGGUGCAACCAUUGAAGAAAUCAAAGCUGCUGCUAAGCUAGCCAAUGUUGCCAAGUUCAUAGAUAAAUUGCCUGAGGGACUAGACACGCAGGUUGGUGAGCACGGAACUCAGCUGUCUGGGGGCCAAAAGCAGAGAAUUGCUAUAGCUAGAGCAAUUUUGAAAGACCCAAGGAUUCUACUUCUGGAUGAAGCUACAAGUGCUCUUGAUGUAGAAUCUGAGAGGGUUGUGCAAGAGGCGUUGGACAGGGUUAUGAUCAACAGAACUACUGUAAUAGUAGCCCAUCGCUUGAGUACAGUGAAGAAUGCAGAUAUGAUUGCUGUCAUUCAUCAAGGAAAAAUUGUUGAAAAAGGUUCACACUCUGAACUACUACAAGAUCCUGAAGGAGCAUAUUGCCAGCUUAUACGGUUGCAAGAACAUAGCCAAGAGUCAGAAAAAAAUGCAGUAAAUGAUCCGUACAUGCCAGAGAUCACUGCAGACUUUGGAAGACACUUAAGUCAGAGGAGGUCCUUUAUACGAUCCAUAAGCCGGGGAUCAUCUGGAAACAGUAGCCAUCACUCAUUAUCAGUUUCUUUACAUCGAACUACUGCAGUCGGUGUCCUUGAUACAGAUGUAGAACCCAAAACUCUAGCCUCAGCACCAUCACAAAAGGCCCCAGAAGUGCCACUGCGACGAUUGGCUUAUCUGAACAAGCCAGAGAUCCCUGUGCUAUUGCUAGGUUCAGUGGGUGCUGUGGCCACGGGUCUAGUAUUACCAAUUUUUGGGGUACUUCUUUCUAAAGUAAUCAAAACCUUCUAUGAGCCAGCUCAUGAACUUCGGAAGGAUUCAAAAUUCUGGGCAUGCAUGUUUCUUGUUCUUGGCGUGGCGUCUUUAUUCUGUGUCCCACUAAGAACAUACUCUUUUGCUGUGGCGGGGUGUAAGUUAAUAAAACGGAUCAGAUUGAUGUGCUUUGAGAAAGUGGUUCACAUGAAUAUAAGUUGGUUUGAUGAAACAGAGCAUUCCAGUGGAGCAAUUGGCUCUAGGCUUUCUUCUGAUGCCACUUUUGUGCGAAGUUUGGUUGGAGACACACUUUCUUUGAUCGUUCAGAAUGUUUCAACAGCUAUUGCUGGUUUGAUUUUUGCUUUUGCAGCGUGCUGGCAACUGGCUAUUAUAAUUCUUGUCAUGAUUCCUCUAUUAGGGCUAAAUGGAUAUUUUCAAAAGAGGUACAUGGGAGGAUUCAGUGCUGAUGCAAAGAAAACAUAUGAGGACGCAAGUCAAAUUGCUAGUGAUGCAGUUGGGAGUAUUAGAACAGUUGCUUCUUUCUGUGCUGAAGAGAAGGUGAUGCAAUUGUACCAAAAGAAAUGUGAAGGCCCUAUGAAAGCAGGAGAAAGAGAAGGCCUAAUUAGUGGUACAGGUUUUGGAUUGUCCUAUUUUUUUCUAUACUGUGUCUAUGCGACCAGUUUCUAUGCUGGAGCUCGGCUUGUUGAUCAGGGUAAGACAACAUUCGCUAAUGUUUUCCAGGUCUUCUUUGGCCUCAGCAUGUCAGCCGCUGGUAUUUCUCAAUCAGGCUCCCUUGCACUUGAUCUCAGUAAGGCCAAGAGUGCUGUUGUUUCUAUCUUUGGGAUUCUUGACCAGAAAUCCAAAAUAGACGCGAGUGUCGACUCUGGAACAACACUAGAAAAUGUGAAGGGUGAGAUUAAGUUUGAUCAUGUCAGUUUCAAGUAUCCCACUAGGCCUGACAUUCAAAUUUUCAGGGACCUUUUCUUGGCCAUUCACUCUGGCAAGACUGUUGCCCUGGUUGGAGAAAGUGGGAGUGGGAAAUCAACAGUGAUUUCUUUGUUGCAAAGAUUUUAUGACCCCGAAUCCGGUCAAAUCACCCUAGACGGUGUUGAAAUCCAAAAGCUAAAGCUGAAAUGGUUAAGACAGCAGAUGGGCUUGGUGAGCCAGGAACCAGUCUUGUUCAAUGACACAGUCCGAGCCAACAUAGCAUACGGAAAGGAAGGAGAUGCAACAGAAGCAGAAAUUUUAGCUGCAGCAGAGUUAGCAAAUGCUCAUAAUUUCGUCAGUGCUCUACAAGAGGGCUAUGAUACAGCUGUAGGUGAACGGGGGAUCCAAUUGUCCGGUGGACAGAAGCAAAGGGUGGCCAUUGCACGUGCCAUGGUGAAGGAUCCAAAGAUACUACUAUUGGAUGAAGCCACCAGUGCCCUAGAUACUGAAUCCGAGAAAGUGGUACAAAAUGCACUGGACCGAGUUAUGGUGGGCAGAACCACAGUGGUGGUGGCUCAUAGGCUAUCGACAAUUAGGGGUGCAGAUUUGAUUGCAGUGGUUAAAAAUGGAGUCAUUAUAGAGAAGGGAAAGCAUGAAAGUUUGAUGAAUAUCAAAGAUGGUAUUUAUGCCUCCCUAGUUGCAUUGCAAAUUAGUGCUUCAUCAUCUUAGAGAGCUACUUGUGCCCUUUUCUUCACCAUAUCCUAUGGACUUGUUUGGUCUUCUACUGCUCCUAGUUUAUUCUCCCUUACAUCAUGUAUACCAUGUUUUUUGCACAGUGUAAUGCAUAAGAUGGUUUUUUUGCAGAGGAACGAAAUACUACAUGAAUAGAAGAAAAAGGCAAUACCAAAAUUUUUGAUGAAUAAAUUUCAAUUGAUUAUUGUUCAAUUUUUGAUUCACGUAAUCUGAAUCAAUCAAUUAACUAA